GGAUAGAUUCGAAGAAGAAAAUGACGUAAGCUGAGAUAUCCGACCUGAAGCGCGCGAUUGGAGCCAGCUGCCGAACUGGAAUCGACGGCAGAACAAUGGCGCCGACCGCCGCGAGUUUUGCGGUUAAUCCAUGCCUUUCCGUUCCUGUCAAAGCACCAACUGAUUGUUCCGAACGCAAGGGUUCCUAUAAGCAGCUGCGACAGAAUCAAGUUGCGGAGACUCGUCGGCGAGUCUUGCUCGCCGGUGCUAUUUCGGCAAUAUCCAGUCUGUCUCCGUACUGGAUCCCGACGACCUUGCCUGCCAGAGCCGAAGGAGGACAACCGGCGAAGGACGAAGAGGAGGGCGUGAUCGGCGCAAUCAAAUCGCUUCUGGAUCCAAACGAGAAGACGAAAUCAGGGAGACUGCUUCCGAAAGCUUACCUGAAUUCGGCUAGAGAGGUGGUGAAGGCGCUGCGAGAGUCGCUGCAGGAGGAUCCCAAGGACAAUGCCAAGUUCAGACGGAACGCCGACGCAGCCAAGGAAUCCAUUAGAGAGUAUUUGAGCAAUUGGAGGGGCCAAGAGAAGAUCGUCCACGAGGAAUCGUACGUGGAGAUAGAGAAGGCAAUAAGAGCACUGGUGAGCUUCUACUCGAAAGCAGGGCCAUCCGCAGCACUACCGGAAUCCGUGAAGUCUGAGAUACUGGAUGAUUUGAAGACCGCUGAGGAGUUUUUGUGAGAAUGUAAAUAUCAAUAAAGAAGCAGCAUUGGAUUGAAUGGAAAGGAAAGGAAGAACAAUUUCAAUCUCGGUUUCUUGCACACAAGGAAAAAUUGGUAUCGAGAAACCAGUAGUCUUCUGUAAGAUGGGAUAACAAAAAAACAGGGGAUAU